AUGAGCAACUCUAAGGGGCAGAACCCGUGCCUUGUGGUCUCCUGGCUCCUUACGCCAUGCAAUUCUCCAGCUGACGUGAGGCGCGGAGCAGACUCUGUGGUUGGGCCUCUUGGCCCCGAAGAGCACUACGUCGGCCCGAUCGCGACCAGCACGUCCGCCACACCGUGCAAAUGCAACACGGUGUACUACUCCAUGAUCCAAGCAUGCGCGGCGUGCCAGGGCCUCUCUACCUUCUCCCAACCAUGGCCGACAUGGUCUAUGAACUGCACAGACCCGUACGCGGAGGCGGUCAUCGGACAGUACUCGCUCAACAUUCCUCCGGGCACCUCCAUUCCUUCCUGGGCGUAUCUCGAUAUCACCUGGCGCCCUGUAACUCACAGCGCGAGAUCCUCUGUUCAGACUAGCGGCACGUUCAACGCCACGGCCGCCCUCGCCCUCGCAGAGCAAGAUAAGCCCGACUCGUCAGCUUCCUCCGCCAUUAUGCUCCCCACUUCCUCCGCGUCCAACAGUGCCCCCAAUUCCGCCAGCACGACCUCCCCCGACUCAGGCCCCUCCGGAGCCCCAAAUGGCGCUGGGGACGGCGGCACGAAUGGCCAGCAGAAGACGAACGUCGGCGCAAUCGUCGGCGGCGUUGUUGGCGGGCUCGCAGUGCUCGCGCUCGCCGCCGCCGCCGUGGCUGCAUGGGUGGUGCGGCGCCGCCGGACGAACGCCGACCGCGUCCCAAGCGCGAUGUUCUCCCCGGGGCCAGGUUCGGCGAGUGUGCCGUUCAUGGCGGAGCUCCCGCCGUCUCCCAUGGCCGCAAAGCCGUUCAGGCCCUAUAACCCGGACGACCCGACGACGUUCCCGGGCUACCAGAGCCACCCAGACUCGAUCGGGAGCGGGGCGAUGGUUGGCAGCCCGACGAGCUAUCGCCCUAGUGUUGCGACUUCGGCGCGGGGGGCGUACAUGCCUCAGUUUUGA